AUCAGCUGAUCGAGAACGAUAGUGACGCCAGGGUAAAACCAGAAAAAUGCCGCAAGUUAAGAAAAUGCACGUGAAAUCCCCGCCAGAAACGCCAGCUGAGGCUGGAGCUGGAUCUCCCGGAGAAGCCUCGUCGGUGGCCGUGGCGGCGGAUGCCUCCGAAACGGAGAACCUGGUGAAACUGGUCAUGGCAAUGGGUUAUCCAGAGGGCGAGGUUCGCAUUGCCUUGGCCCGCAGCAACAACAACGUGCAGCUGGCGGUGGAGAUUUUGGUCGUUGGCGAGCCUGAAAACGAUGACAAGGAAUCCCGGAAGCGACGUCGCAGUCGCCAGCGAUUGCGUCAGCUGCGCAGCUCCCUUCUGGGGGAUCCCGAGUCGACGGACAAGGCCAUCGAGCAGAUGAUGCGGGAUAUUGAUACCGCACAGGCGCUCACUGAGAUCGUUGGCAGGAGCAGCUUGGAGGCCAUGCAACUGUUGCUCGCCGAGGAGGAGGAGGAGGAGGAGGAGUACGCCGAGGAGCAGGAGCUGACCCUCAGUCCGGAGCCUUCAUCUUCAUCCGCCGAGAGCUCGCCGGGCAGCAACUGAACUGCAAACAGAUGUCAGUACCGCUCACAGAUAUAUUCCUUAUUUGUGAAAUUUUGUAAAAUCGCAAAAAGGUAAUUUAAAGCAUAUCAGCGUAUUUUCAUACUUUUAAAAAUGCAUCAUACCAUUUAAUGGUUUAGUCCACAACAAUAUCCAUUUUAAGAUCUGUUAAAAGUUAAAAGAAGUU